AGAGAUUUUCGGCAGUGGAAAUGUCUCGGCAACUAUGUUGCUCAUCCAAAUGUAAAAACAACGGACAAGAAAGUUGGUCUCCAGGAAGGCUGGGUCUGUGUAGUUCAACUCUCAACGCCAUUCACUAAUCGAAAUCCACGAACCACACCACGUCGUCCCCCGAUUUGUGACCCUCUGAAAGAGCCAAUUUAUUACAAGAUGUCCGAACAGAUUACUAGAAUUACUCUUUUCAAGAUUCCGGACGAGGAGAAUCAAAAUAAAGUACUGGCGCUCUACCAGCAGAUGCCCCAAAAGGCCUUGAAAGACGGCAAGCCAUACAUAAUCUCGGUGAAGGCCGGUCUAGCUGUUGCUGAUCAAAGGGCCCAAGGGUUCACGAUUGCGGCUGUCUCUACAUUUUCAUCGAAAGAAGAUAUGGAUUACUAUGACAAUGGUUGCGCGGCUCAUCAAGAGCUGAAGGGAAUUGCCAAGAAUGCUCACCAAGGCUUCGCCAUGGUCUUUUUCAAGGAUCAAGUCACAAAGUAGAUUCGGUUGCUCUCGACUUGUCUUUAGCUCAUGAGACUACUCAGUUAUCCAACCUUUAACCAAGAUGUGGUGCAAAAAGUCGUCCCAAUAUGAAACUUUUACACCAGAUGAAAGAAGAAGAGGUACACGAAAAAUUGCUUGAGGUUCCAACGCAUUAAAGUAGAACUAUGAUUUGCAGUUAUCUUCAGACUUUGUACAGUGUACUUAAUGAUUUCCUGUCUGAAACAUAUUACUCGAUGGUGUCAUUUGAAGUUGGAACAGCGCGUAAUGAAUUGAGAGACGCAAAAUCGUUCUCCUCUGAGUGGAUUUAGAAGCUCG